CACACCGAACCGAAGCACUGUCCAGGAGCGAGCGACAUUGCCGACUCUCCCGUGAGCUAUCUAGACUUCCGGUCAAUACCUGUGGAGUCGCUGACGUCUUCACUCUUCCGGGUUUACAAAUCGAGGUUUGUUUUUGGUUUGAGGUUACUUUAAUAGUUGUGCGUACGAACAGCAGUCUUGGCGGCUAUGAAGGUGUGUUUCUUCCGAAGGUUCGUGAAGCUUUUCAGUCUCACCAUUUUACUCGCGAUUGUUCUGUUAGUUGGACGAGAGGGAUAUUUUAGGCAAGUUACAGAGCCAUGGCCCCUUCCUGUGGAAGAGUACAAGCUGCUGCGCCCCGAAACGUACUCCUAUCUUCUCAAUCAGCCUGACGUUUGUAAGAAAAGAAGUCCCUUCCUGGUGUUGAUGGUCCCAGUGGCACCUCUGGAUUUGUCGGCAAGGGAUGCCAUAAGAGAAACGUGGGGUGCUGCAGGUCAGGACACCAUAACACUGUUUUACAUUGGCGUGCCUAAAGCGGAGCAGGUGAGAAGAAUACAGGACAUGCUGGAGGUGGAGAGCAAGAAAUAUUCAGAUGUCAUCCAGAUGACCUUCGUGGACAGUUACCAGAAUCUCACAAUCAAAAGCAUGAUGAUAAUGAACUGGCUAGCAAACUACUGCCCCAACGCCACCUAUGCCAUGAAGGUGGAUGCCGACAUAUUUGUGAAUGUAUUCUACCUCAUCAGAAUACUGAGGAACUCUCCCAGGAACAAUUACAUUACAGGAUCUGUAAUAGCCGAUGGCAAGCCAUCGAGAAACCGGAACAGCAAGUGGCGCCUGUCAGAGCAGCUAUACCCUGAAGACAGCUUUCCUACAUAUUUGUCAGGUGCUGGCUAUGUCUUCUCAAUAGACAUGGCCGCCAAGGUCUCAUGGGCUUCCAAGUUUGUCCGAUGGAUCCCUUUAGAGGACGUCUACAUGGGAUUGUGUCUGCGCGUGCUUGGUGUAAGGCCUGUCUAUGCAAUAAAAUGGCUGCAAUUCAUCAACCUCUUUGAAAUCGGUCAUUUGGACUAUGACAGGUGCACUUUUGCCAGACGUGUUAUCAUCAACGGCUUUCAGCCUCCCCAAUUGCGACAACUUUGGAAAGAUUUCUCAAAAGGCUAUAAAAGCUGCUGGUUUUGACCAAUGACUGCUUCUGAGCUGGAUAUCUGUCAGCAUUUGGAACAACCAAUGCAGAGAUAGUAAAUAUAAUUUUAUAUUUAUAUAUAAUUAAUUAUAAUUAAAUUAAUUUUAUUGCCUCUGUCAAAAUACAGAAGAUGUAUAUGUCAUUUCUGGUGUGCAAGAAAGAACAAUUUUAAACCAAACAAUAUCCUGCUGAUAAAAGAAUGUUAUGUCUAAAAAGAAUCAAAUGGUGACAUUUUUAAUAUGUAUAUGAGCUCACUAUGUUUUGUAUUUAUUUUACUUCAGGUGCUGCAAUAGUUAGGGAAAUGAAAGUCAUGGGUUCUUUUUACUGAUUUGCGUAGAUUCAAGGAAAAGUGUGCGUGCGUGUGUGUGAUCUAUAUAUAUAUAUAUAUAUAUAUAUAUAUAUAUGUAUAUGUGUAUGUAUAUCAAAGUGCCAAGACACACAAAGAAAUCGAAAUUACGUUCCCACGGUGACAAGAAAUAGUACACAAUAUACAUACAAGUAAACAACACAAAAAAUAAAAACAAGAAUGCACAAACAAUGAAUAUAUAACAAUGAAUGAAAAUUAUAUACACGCACGCAUACGUAUAUGAAUAUUGCACUUCUCGGUCAGGCAUAAAACAUGAACCAAGAAAAACCUGCUGCUUGCUCGGUAGCUGUGCCUGUUUUGAUCUUACUGUAUUGCUGUUUCACUCAGUGGCCUCUAGGUGGCAGUACGAAACAGAGGAUGAGUGUGGCAAUGGCAGCUGUCAUGACCUUAAAAGUUGAGAGCAAGAAGAAAGCAGUGAUGCCUGAUAUGUACCAAAAGUACCUUAUGUAUCAAGUUGCUUUAUGUAGGAAUGAAGUAAUUGAAAUGCCUUAUCAAUCUCUUGAGUGCAAUUAGUCAUCCUAUACUUUGCUGGCGACCAUUCCAGAGCAUAGACUAGAUCUUGUUCACUGUUGUUUGAGACACCCCUCCGAAGCAUUGGCGCAUUUCAUAUCAUGAUUGGUUGGUAUUUUUGGCACAGAUUGUCUUGUUCCCUUAAAAUUCUGAUUUUGACACGUUUUGGUCAGAGGGGAGUUCUGUCGUGACUGGCCAUUCCUUGAUAUAGGCCGGAUGUCUCACAAUAUAUAAACACGGAUUACUCAGUGACAAGUUGUCUUUCUUUCGGGUAGAAUGUCUAGUUUUCUUCAUGUCUUCUGCGUCCAGCCCUGCUCUCUGUGGAUACUUUUUAUUUUUGUGUAUAAAGACUGUUACUUUUCAA